AUGGUUAAUAAACGUUUGUUCUCAAUAAACUUUAUUUUUCCUCCCUCUCUCUCUCUCUCUCUCUCUCUCUCUCUAAUUCGAAAGAGAAACUCUCUUUCAAUCUCAUACUUUUAUCUCUUUUUCCCCUUCUCUCUUCUUCUCUCCCCUUCUCUCUUCUUCUCUCCCCUUUCUCCUUCUCUCUAUAUAUUUCUUUCUCACUCUCUCUCUAAAUAUAUAUAUAUAUGUAUAUUUCUAUCUCUGUCUUUCCCUUUCUUCCCCUCUAUGUCUUCUCUCUUUAAUCUUCUCUUCUAUCUGAUUCCGAUUUCUUUUCCUCCUCUUUUACACAUUUUCUCAAUUUCUAAUUCCGUUUUUUCUUCUCAUUGGUUUUCUCCUUUCUCUUACCCAUAUCUAUUCGUAUUAUCUCCCCUGUGUAUAUCCACCCCUUCCCCUUUCUCCUGUUUCCGACAUUCUGUUUUUUCGUUGUUCUCUUUCUUUUAUCCAAAUCUCUCUUUCUUUUCUCUGUUUGCUCCCAUAUCUAUCUCGUCUUUAACGUCUACUACUUGCGUCUUUGUCUCUUUGUUUCCCUUUUUUCUCUUUCCUUUCUUUUUUUCUCUUUCCUUUCUUUUUUUCUCUUUUAUUUUUCUCUUUUAUUUGCCUCUUUUUCUUUUUUUCUCUUUUUUUCUCUUUCUUUUUUCUCUUUUUUUCUUUCUUUUUUCUCUUUUUCUUUCUUUUUUCUCUUUUUUCUUUCUUUUUUCUCUUUUUUCUUCUUUUUUCUUCUUUUUUCUCUUUCUUUUUUCUCUUUUUUCUCUUUCUUUUUUCUCUUUCUUUUUUCUCUUUCUUUUUCUCUUUCUUUUUCUCUUUCUUUUUCUUUUCUUUUUCUCUUUUUUCUCUUUUUUUUCUUUCUUUUUUCUCUUUCUUUUUUUCUUUUUUUCUCUUUCUUUUUCUCUUUCUUUUUUCUUUUUUUUUUCUCUUUCUUUUCUUUUUUUUUCUUUUUCUUUUCUUCUUUUCUCUUUUCUCUUUCUUUCUCUUUUUUUUUCUCUUUUUUCUUUUUUCUUUUUUCUCUUUCUCUUUCUUUUUCUCUUUUUUUUUUCUUUUUUUUUUCUUUUUUCUCUUUCUUUUUUUCUCUUUUUUUCUCUUUCUUUUUUCUCUUUCUUUUUUCUCUUUCUUUUUUCUCUUUCUUUUUUUCUCUUUCUUUUUUUUUCUUUCUUUUUUUCUCUUUCUUUUUUUCUCUUUCUUUUUUUCUCUUUUUUCUUUUCUCUUUCUUUUUUCUUUCUUUUUUCUUUCUUUUUUCCUCUUUCUUUUUUCUUUCUUUUUUCCUCUUUCUUUUUUCUCUUUUUUUUUCUCUUUUUUUUUCUCUUUUUUUUCUCUCUCUCUCUGUGUCUCUCUUUUUUUUCUCUUAGUUAUCCUCCUCCUCUUCCCUACACUUUCCUCUCACUCUUCACUCUAUAUUAUUCCCUUUCACGCUCUCUCUGUUCAAUCCCCCCCUUCCCUCAGCUAUGCCUGACAGACACUUUUACUUCAUCCAAUCACAUUCCUGGCUUAAUUUUAUGA